GCAAAGACUCUAUCUAAAGCUAUCUAGAACUUCUCUAAUUAUAAGUAGCCUUCCUCAGGUAACAAACAGAGUACACUGCACCAAUAUUACUAAUCAAUCAAGUUUCAGAUAUGGCUACCAUGGUUAGGCCAGCUGUAGCAGAAAGAAACUACCAUGUGCCGCGGGAGCAAUCUCCACCACCUCCACCACGACCACAGCUGCAAGCACUAGCUGUUGCAGACAAUACUUAUGUACCUGUGCAAUCUCUUCCACCUCCAUCACCACCACCGCUAGCUAUAGAAAAUCAAUAUAAUGCAGCGAAACCACCACAAAAGGGAAGCUAUUAUCUGGUGGCUGAAGCGGUCUUAAGGGUUUUAUUGUUCCUAUUCAGCCUUGCAGCUUUGUUGAUUUUAUUGACUAGUAAGCAAACAAUCGAGUUUGGAACCGACGAUCCUCCCUUUCAUGGACCUUUUUCUCUCAAAUACAACACUUAUUCCCCAGCCUUCAAGUACUUUCUGGUAGCGGUCUCAGCAUCAUCCGUAUAUAGCCUGAUAACAACAGUCUUUGCUUUCCUUAAUCUCUGCAUCAAAGGUAGCUCUCGAUCAGGAGACGUGCUUUACCAAUUAAUAACAACCUUAGACGUGGUGAUGUUAGGAAUGCUUGGCUCAGCUUCUGGAGCUGCCGCUGCAAUCACUUAUGUCGGAUUAAGAGGAACAAGUAAUAGUGUUUUCGAGUGGUACUCCAUAUGCGAUUAUUACGAUACCUUCUGUUUGCAUAUUGGACUCUCAGUUAUAUCAUCUCUGUUAGCGUCCCUUGUGCUAAUCAUCCUCGUCUCAUUUUCUGUUUCCAGCCUUACCCAGAGAAUAGCCUCGAGCUAUGCUCAAGUAAGAAAUGAAUAAGCUGUGUGUUUUCUACGAAGAAUAUGUAAAUAAAUAAUUUGAUUUAUGUAUAUUUCUUGGUGCAUUCAUUGUUUGUAUAUAAUUAGUUAUGUAGCGGAAACAAGUUUCAGCUUAGUCGAAUUGAUCUGUUGUAUUAAACUAUGUUCUUGUCGUGGCAAAAAACAAACAAACUAUGUUCUUGUUC